AUGUCAUAUCCUGUUCCCAUACUUGUCCCAUGGAUAAUUUCCGGUCUUUUAGAUUUCACUCACGCUCAAUCGGCGUACUCUAAUCCUAUUUUGAAAAAGCGAUUUGUCGCCUACACCAACGGCAAAUGUCUCCUACCAUGGACACCAUUGAUCCGAAUACUUUCAUUUGUUUCAACCACAUCCACUGGCGAAAUAUUGGUGAUUGUUCAUGACGCUACGCACAAGAUUCUUGCUCGUCUCUCACGAAAAGCGAUUCUCAAGUUUGAACAAGUCUAUGGACAAAGAAUAACAUUUGAAACAAUCAAUCGAUUGAUGAUUUUUCGUCAGGCAGAUUUGAGAUUUGUUGGAGAUGCAGAGAGCCCAGAGUUUGGACGCGCUUUGAGCUAUCUUGGUGUCAAAUACUCCCAAGGGUCCAGCUUGGCCCUAGUGUUUCUAGAUGUGCAAGAAAUCGAUUUUUUUGUGCGAGAUCUGAUAUCUGUAUCUGGUGCAGCCGAUAAUCUUCUAGUUCUGGUUUAUAGAGACAGAGAGUACGUCUCACGAUUUUGCCUGAAGAAUGCAACAAAAGUGGCAGAUAAAGAUGACAUAGUCUCUGAUUUAGACGACUACGAAGAGGAUUCUUUUAAUCAGAGCUGGCUCUGGUAG